AUGGGGGAACCACAAAUGGAUGGUGAUCAGUCACCUGUUAUCUCAGAUACUGAUAUGAUGGAUUGCCUGAAUUUGGAUGGCUAUGGAGAUGUUGAAGAUCCCCACAAGGAGGGUGCAAAAGGGGAGCGGCAGCCUUCAGGCAAAGUUGAUGAACUGCAGUCUACUAUGGAUGUGGAUUUGACAGGUGUAAUAUCUGUGGAAGAUGAAGGGAAUGAAAAGCAGAAUGCUAUGGAUGUGGAUUUGAAAGAAAUACUGCCUGAGGAAGAUGAAGGGAAAGGAAAGGCUUCUUCAGACCUACCCUCACAUGUACCAGUUGAUUUUGAUGUUGCAAGCCUCGAGAAGUUUUGCAAAGAAGCAUCAAGAUCAUUUUUCAGUGAAACUGGACUGGUUAGCCAUCAGAUAAACUCAUACAAUCAUUUUGUCUCCCAUGGACUCCAAGAGCUCUUUGAUUCUUUUGGAGAAAUCACUGUGGAGCCUGAUUAUGACCCUUCAAAUAAAGAUGGUGCUUGGAAACAUGCAACUGUUAUAUUUGGUAGGGUUAAGCUUGGUGAGCCAGUGUUUAUGGUUGACAACUCUGAUCUCGAACAGCAAGAUCUCAAAUUUAAGCGUAGACAUGCUCGCCUCCAGAAGAUGACAUAUGCGGCCAGGAUGAAUGUAGAAAUGACUGUUCAGGUUUAUAUACUCAACAAAAGUGACAAAGCCAAAACUGGUAAGGAUACACAUGUUCAUAGAAGAGAUAUAAUGACAGAAACUAAACAAGUCAGCAUGGGAUUGUUACCUGUGAUGGUGGAGUCAAAUUUGUGCUGGCUGCAUAAACUUCAAGAAAGUGAUUGCCAGUUUGAUUUUGGUGGCUACUUUGUGAUCAAAGGAACAGAAAAGGUAUUCAUUGCUGAAGAGCAAAGGUUUUUAUCAAGGAUUUGGGUCACAGACCGCCCUAGCUGGAAUGCAAGUUACACGUCUCAAAUCAGACGAGAAAAGAUCAAUAUAAAACUCGUUCCAUCCAAACGCAAUGAAAUCUGCAAAGUCAUAAACAUUUACUUCAUGGGUACGAUUCUGCCAAUUUGGGUAGUAUUUUUUGCACUUGGUGUAUCGUCAGACAAGGAAGCUUUUGAUACGAUUAAUAUCCUAGACUGUGGUGCUUCCAUAGUCAACAUAAUAUCAUCAACUAUUAAAGAAUCUCAUGAAGAAUUUGAAGGCUUCUGCACUCCAGGUAGAGCCCGUCAAUAUGUUGAUGAGCUGAUCAGAAAAUCAAAGUUUCCACCCAAAGAAUCCUUUGAUGAGUAUGUUUGUAGGUAUACAUUUCAUAGUGUCAAUGGGGUCAGGAGCAAGGCACUUUUCUUGGGUUACAUGGUCAAAUGUCUGCUAAUGGCAUACUCUGGCAACCGAAAAUGUGAUAAUAAGGAUGAUUUCCGUAACAAGAGGCUAGAUCUUGCCUGCCAAUUGCUUCGGAGAGAACUCUGGACUCAUAUUAAGAGAGCAGAAAGAUGCAUGGUUAAGCUCGUGCAGAGAGAUUUGAGCAAUGAUGGCAGCUUGCAAGACCUUAGGCGUUAUGUGGAUGCAUCAAUUAUUACCAAUGGAUUGAACCGGGCCUUCUCCACUGGUUCUUGGCAGCAUCCUUUUAAAAAAGAAAGGAAUCCAUCCUACUGGGGAAAAUUAUGUUUUUUGUCCACCACUGAUGGUGAAAAAUGUGGAUUUGUGAAAAAACUUGCUGUGACUGCUGUGGUUAGCUCUGUAGUGAGGAAACCGUUGAUUGAUACAUUUGUUUCUUCUGGAAUGAAGAAACUGAAUGAUAUUUCUCUACAAGAUAUUUCUGGGAAAUUCAGGAUCUUCUUGAAUGGAGACUUGCUUGGAGUAUGUGCAGACCCACACGAAUUGACUUCGCGUUUAAGAAGCUUGAGGCUAAUUGAUCCUCAGGAACUUAUGGAUCAAAACAUAGUUGAGUUGAUUGGUGUUGAAGAAGAGGAGGACAUCCGAUGUGCAUCUGGAAUUAGACAUCUAUUCACAGGGGAGAAAGAAGACGGGUCUUCUGGCUCUACUCAUUGUGAACUUGAUCCUUCUUUCUUGCUAGGGUUGAGUUGCAGUCUCAUCCCCUUUGCCAACCAUGAUAACGCUAGGAGGGUUCUCAUGCAAGCUCAAAAGAUAUCCCAGCAGGCUAUUGGCUACUCUCCCACAAAUUCUCACACUAGACUUGACACCCUUUCACAUUAA